UCUCGCUUUCUGAUCAAUGUCAUGAUAUCCACAAACGCUUCUGCUGAUGAUCUGAAUUCCUGCACAUCUACAGUCCAAUGAAUGGUUCUAAGCGGCUCAGUCUUUCUUGUAUGCUCAGCGCCUUCUUGUCACUGAGACGCGCAGUCGUGCUUCCCCGACGACCCCUCGCUGCCAUCGCCGUCCAGACCACCUUGUUCACUCGCGCCGUCUCUGCUGCAUUCAUGUCGACCGGCGCAUCAUCGACCGGUGCCGCGGGUGCCUCCGCGGGGCCCGUGCAGCAGGUCAUUGAGGCCAAGCUCGCCUCGACGUUUCCGACUGCGACGCACAUCCAAGUGCUGAACGACUCGUACAAGCACGCUGUUCCACGAGGGUCUGAGACGCACUUCAACGUUGUCGUCGUGUCGGACGCGUUCAAGGGCCGCUCGCUGAUCGACCGCCACAGACAAGUCAACGCGCUGCUCAAGGACGAGCUCAAGGCGGGCGUCCACGCGCUCUCCAUCCAGGCACAGACACCCGAGCAAUGGCAGGCAGCGAACUGCACCGUCGCAGGAACACCAAACUGCCUCGGUGGCGACAAGCGCGCGGCAUCGCAGCAAAAGUAACGAAGGACGUGAAGGUCAUUCGCUGUAAUUCUAAGUGAAAGAAGGUGUGUGUCUGUGGUUUGUGGAGUUGUGUGGAUUUGUUCAAUAGAGGUCUAUUUGCUUUGCAUCUUACUGCGAGCGCGUG